AUGUCCUCUAUUGAGAAAACGCUGGCCAGAGUGAACGAGAGAGUUAUUCUGGGUCAGUACUACGAAGCUCACCAGGCAGUGCGUACUGUUGUAUCUCGUUAUUUACGCCAAAAGGCAUAUGGAUCUGCCAUUGGACUGCUUUAUAACAGCUGCAUUCUCCUUGUCCGCAAAGGUCAGACAGGUUCCAUCGCCGAUUUGCUCUCUAUGAUGAUUGAGGUCUACAAGGCAGCCGAUGUAGCAGUUGAUUCUGUCUCUAAAGGCCGAAUUGCACAAAUUCUGUGGCAGAUCAACGGCUCCGACCAGGCUUUGAAACAAGUUGUUCAGCCAGUUAUCUCCUGGUCAGCCAAGCACGGCGCCGAAAAAUCCGGAGACCCCGAGCUCCAUCACAUUUUCGGCUCUUUGUUCAGUCAUGCUGGACUUGCAGAAGAUGCCGAAAAGCACUUUCUGCUGGGCACUCGAGACUCUGCGGCUGCCCUCGCUGAAAUGCAUGCCAGAUGGCACGCCAAAGAUAGCAAUAACGCUACCCUCUAUAUUUCUCGGGGAAUUCUUGGAUACCUGAGUGUUCAGAACAUACGCAAUGCCCGAGUUUACACCGAGAGAGCGUUACAGGACUUGAUUGAAACCCUCGACGAGCCGGUCACCACUGAGCACGACAUUUUUGUUUUCGAAGACGAGUAUCUGUUGAAUUUCUUGCAGAUGCUCAUCCCAGCUUGCCAGAUCAAGGAGGGAAUUAUCUAUCGCCAACUGGCCGACCACUAUAAGGUUAAGAGCAUUGAAGGGUGGAGCGCUGCUUUGCAAACUAUCGAGGGCGAGUCGUUUGGCAUAUACCCUCAACGAGGCUUCAAUUUGAUGGAUCUUAUGGGCGGGGCAUUCCGCUAG